GGGCUGAGAAGGCAGCGUUGCCGGUGUAUUCUGGUGCAAGUGCCGGGCCUGAGGCGUCUUAUUCCGAAUCCCCUCCCCUCUCCCGGCUCCUCAAGCACCAGACCUUUCAUCAGGGGUUUUGUAUCUGAGGCCCAAAAGUUUUUUACGCAAGAUGAUGAAUGCUGACAUGGAUGCUGUUGAUGCUGAAAAUCAGGUGGAACUGGAGGAAAAAACACGACUUAUUAAUCAAGUGUUGGAACUCCAACACACACUUGAAGAUCUCUCGGCAAGAGUAGAUGCAGUUAAGGAAGAAAAUCUGAAGCUAAAAUCAGAAAACCAAGUUCUUGGACAAUAUAUAGAAAACCUCAUGUCAGCUUCUAGUGUUUUUCAAACAACUGACACAAAAAGCAAAAGAAAGUAAGGCUGAUAUCCAUUCUGUUUUAUGGAAUUGCUGCUGGUUUUUUUUUCUUUAAAAUUUGAGUAGAUUCCAAAAGUUACAGUACCUUUGUUUGUGGCUUCAUUGAAUAUUUAUGAAGAUAAUGGCAGAUCUAGGUAAAAAUUAAGAGCUCUAAAAGUAUAACUGGAGACUUCUAUGAGUUUGUAUAUUAACUUAGUCUAUGAAAACAUGUAACUAUAUUGAUAGUAGAGACUUUAUAAUUAGAAUUGCAUAUAUUUAUUAAAACUUGAAAAUGAGUGUUUUAUCAAAUUUGCUUUGAUUUAUAAGUUUAGCACUGUCUUUUAUUAUAGGCUUCGUAAAAGAUGAUAGAAGAAAAUAACUACCAUGUUGUAAAAAAGUAACCAAAAUCAUGUACUGAAUGCACAGCUUUAUGUACCCUGCCCACCGUCUUGUGCCUCUUUUCCAUUUGCCUCUUCCUUCCCAUUUCCCUUCUCCUAAGGAUAAACAGUUGGUUCCACAUUUGUAAAAGUAAUUUUAAUAAUUAAUCAUUUAUGAAAAUAACCUGAACUCAUUGUUGAAUUUAACCAAAAUAAGAUAGUUUCUCAGCUAGGACCUGUCAUUUGUUAUAUUUAGUAACAAGAUAGGACUGUUAGUUCCUUUUUGAUAAAUUGAAAACAGGCUAUAAAAAUGAUUGUUCUUUGAAACUGUGAAUUUUCAAAUUCGGAAGAUUUGUUGUUCAAAACUUCCUUCUGCACUUGGUAUCUAAAAAGAUGAGCUCUGGUUGUAUGUGUGUGUGUUUAAAAUAGAAAAUCUCGGGAAACUUAGAAUGGAAAA